AUGGCCGACGCCGACGCCGACGCCGACGACGCGCGCGAGGACGCGACGACGACGACGACGACGACGCCGCCGACGAACGAACGACGCGACGCGCGCGAGCGCGCCGGCGACGUCGCGCGCGCGUCGCUCGCGAUCGCGCUGCUCGCGGUCGCCCUCGCGAGGCUGCGACGGUGGGCGAGGGGCGACGGCGACGCGCGCGGCGGCGCGCCGGGACGCGUCAGCAGGCGCUUCGCCGCGCGGCACAGGAAGUGUAAUCGAUGCGGCGCGCGCGGGUCGGCGGUCAAGGUGAAGUGCGAGCGGUGUAAAAGGUGCUGGUACUGCUCGCAGACGUGCAAGAAAGCGGCGUGGGCGCUGGAAAUUUGCGAGUGUUGUUGA